UUAUACAGUUUGCCCACAAAAAAAAAAAAACUACUAAAAAAUGCAAAGGCUGAUAAAGUCUAAAGCGGGUCUUUCAAGCGGGCUGACCCGCCGAUGGCUGACCACCACCACCAGCGGUGGAACCAAAACGACUGUAAUGUGCUUUGGAGACGGAAGCCACGGCGCGUUGGGCCUGCCCUCGUCCGUUAUGGGCCUGGGCUCCGACGCCUACGAACCCACUCCAAUUCAAGGCCUUCCGGAUAAUAUCUCAAGCAUCGCCGCCAGCCAUUACCAUUCCCUCGCCGUCACCUCCGACGGCCAUGUCUGGUCUUGGGGCCGUAACCAUGAAUCCCAACUCGGCCGCAGCCCUCUUUCUUCCAGAGAGACGUGGAACGAACCUAAGAAAGUAGAAGGGUUGGAUCAAGUUAGGAUUGAAGCCACAUUUGCGUCUGGAGUCAUUUCUGCAGCUAUUGGAGAAGAUGGUUCACUAUGGGUCUGGGGGAAGUCCAAGCGCGGGCAGCUUGGCUUAGGAGGAGGAGUUAUUGAUGCUGUUUUACCUACUAGAGUUGAAGCACUUGCUGGAGAAGAUGUUGUUAAGGUCUCACUAGGUUGGGGACAUGCACUUGCACUUACUCAACAUGGAAAGUUGUUUGGAUGGGGUUACUAUGCUGAUGGAAGAUUAGGGAGAAUUGGGAAGUCAUUUGAGUCCUCUCCAUUGGAUUCAGUUACUGGUAAAUUUCGACCUUCGAAAGAAAUUUCAAAUCCAAUGCUUGAAGCUGCUGAGAAGCUGGUCUUGGAAGGUAUUGAGAAAGAAAAGGACAUGCCAAUCAUUUGGGAACCCAGUUUAAUUGAAGAACUACGUGAUGUUGAAGUUGUAGAUGUGUCAUGUGGGCUUGACCAUUCCCUGGUUCUUUGUGGGGAUGGAACUCUUUUAAGUAGUGGGAGCAAUGUGUAUGGCCAGUUGGGUAGAGUAAACCAAGAUUCAGGGAUGCAUCCAGUUGACAUAAAGUUCCGUCCUCUUUCUAUAGCAUCGGGUAUGGGGCAUUCUUUUGCAAUCUGUCAGAAUCACGCAUCAGACUUUACUGAAGAUUCACCAAUCAUUGUUUCAUGGGGAUGGAACCACAAUUCUCAACUUGGGAGAAAUGGUCCAGCAAAUAUCCCGCUGGUGGUUGAAGCACUUUCUAGUGAGACACCUAUUACAGUAUCAGGGGGACGGGCUCAUUCAGUGGCUAUCACAGCUAGGAAAGAACUUUGGACUUGGGGCUGUGGUAGAAAUGGUAGACUUGGCUUGGGCAGCUCGGCUGAUGAACCAGAACCUAUGGUAGUUGAAGAUCUGGAAGGUUCUGAAGUUAUGGAAGCUGUUGCAGGUUUUGAUCAUAGUCUUGUUCUCAUUGGGGAAUGAGGGGUGCAUUUGGAAAGUUUCACAUUAAGGUGGCUUAGACCUGUCAGCGUGCAGGAGACAGGAGGGUUUGCCGGUUGAAGCGAUCUUCUUGAGCCUGCUGUUUUGCAACAUGAACAUAUGAACAUUAACAACAUGUUACUCUGUGCUGGAGAUUACAAGGAGGUGAUUCUGAGUUGAGCUUUGUUUCUUUUGAAGAGAAAGAUCUGGUGUAGAAAGACAAAUGCAAUAUUCUGUCUCAUGACAUACCAUGUUUGCUGGGGUUCAGUCGAUGUUAGAGUUCCAAAAAAGUUUCUUGUAUCCGGGCCAUGCUUUCUAACCUCAUAAGUUAUAGAUUUCUCAUGGUUUAUGGUAUAUUCGAGUGUAAUGAUAAUUUCUAAUUUUUGUUUUAUGGGAAUACGCUAUAUUUUCUUGGGAAA